CGUGCGGCGUUGACGUUGGAAAGGGGUAAAGCUGCUGAAAAUGUGCAGUAGCUUGUUUUUUAAUUUGCCAGGAAAAGUGCAAUGAAACCCAGCAAGCAGAAGCUGAGCUUGUACAGGAGCAGGUGAAAAUGGAAGAAAUUUAAAUGCAAUCAGUGCAUUUGCCAAUAGGGAAGCGAUGGAUAUCCUGUCAGUUUGAUGCAAAAUGAGCAUCCCACAGGAUGCCCUGCACUAGCCAGGGGCUCUGGGUGCCACCGUGGGAGGGUCUUUGGCUUGCACUGGGGUGCAGCACACAAGACUAGGGCCAGCAAGGUGUGGAGCUGUGGGGCUGAGCACAGAGCCCAGGUGUUGUUGCAUCUGUCCAGCCACAGAUGUUUCACUGUUUAUCAGCAUUUAAAAAUGGCUUCAGAACUGCACUGUUAGCUGCAUACGGCAAAUGCUGAGGAAUGAAACAGCUGUCUGUUGUGUCAGUGGGGGUGGUGUUUGUGAACCUGGUGAGUUAUCCUGGUGGAGAUAUGGGACCACAGAGACCAUUGCCUGCACACAGGCUGGCCUGGAGAUCUUCAGCUUUCCCUGGAUGUGACGAGCCAAGUGGUGCCAGCAGAUAAGGCAAGGGGAGUACGUGACUGUGUCCUGUCCGAGGGGUUUCUGCCGUGGCCUCCUGCCCUGGGGCACAGCUCCUUUGCCGGCCCUUAUCUCCCCACACAGACCUGUGUCCUGACCUCACGUGAAACCGAGCCCUGUGCUGGGAUGUGGAUAAAGAGCUGGCCAGGUGAUGAGACCCCCAUCCGGUGUCCUGGCUCCUCGCAUGGCUCACUCCGGGGGCUGAACUCGUUUGCAAGUGCUCAGCCAAGACAAUGUACCAGCAUUUCAUUUUCCUUUUCUUCCUCUCCUUCAAUCCCUAUAAAUGCCAAGGUCAAAUCCUGGGUGAAGAUCCAUAUGAAAUGCCCAAAGACUACCAGGAGGUCUACAGAGGGACAAAAAAUGAUGUCAAAGAGAUCCCAAAGAUUGCAAAGCCCUUUGUUUCUGAGAUGAUCUUUGUGCAAACCAGCAUCACUGCUAUAAGGAAAGGUGCCUUCAGGUAUAUGCCCAACCUGAUCAAGAUUUUGUUCAUUGGCAACAAGAUCAAGACUGUUGAACCUGGAGCCUUUGAUAAUUUGGACAAGUUGAGGGACUUGGACAUCUCUGGUGCCUCAUUAGAAAAACUAUCUGUGGGCACUUUCCAAAACCUCCCAAGUUUACAGAGGCUGGAGUUGAGAGACAGCCAGCUCAGAUCCAUCCCCAAAGGCCUGUUUGAUGGGCUGGAAAGUUUGGGAGAGCUCUCCCUGCAAAUCAAUGCAAUUCCUUCUCUUCCAGAAGGCAUCUUUGAUUCUCUUGUCAAUCUAACUUUUUUGGAUCUGUCUAGAAACAGGAUCACAAUUCUUCCUGUGAAUGCCUUUAGCAAACUGACCCAGCUGCAAGUCCUCAGGCUGUAUGAGAAUGAGUUGCAGGACCUGCCAGAGGGACUGCUAGACAGUCAGCUGGAGCUGCAGGAGCUCAGCCUCCAGAGCAACAGGCUCAGGGCACUGCCACCUAUGCUUCUGAGGAACCUGCCUCACCUGGAGAAGCUCCUCUUGGACAACAACCUCAUCAGUGUUCUCCCACCUCAGGGCUUUUUUGGUUUAAACAAACUGAAGUUGCUGACUCUGGGCUCAAACCAUAUUGUGGAGCUGCCCUGCUGUCUUUUUGACACCAUGCCCAACUUGCGGGAGCUGGAUCUGGGCAGGAACAGUUUGGCCACCCUUCCAGAUGGCAUCUUUGUCAACCUCACAUCCCUUGGCAAACUCAUCUUGUCCCACAACCACCUAUCAGCCUUGCCAAGUGGAGUCUUCACUGGGCUCAGCAAGCUCUUGGACCUCCAGCUGGACACAAAUCAACUCUCUGCUCUGGAUGAAGAGGUCUUUGCUUCUCUCCCAAAUCUGAAAACCCUCAACCUUCGAAAGAAUCAGCUGGAGAGUGUUCCUCAAGGGCUCCUAGACCCUCUGAAGAAGCUCAGCUCAGUGUUUCUUAGUGGUAACCCAUGGAGAUGUGACUGCAACCUCUGCUACCUGCACCGCUGGAUCCUGGGCAAUAGGGAGAAGGUCAAAUUGUCCAGCCAAGUCUCCUGCAAGAGCCCACCCCAUAUGGCAGGGCAAGCAGUAACAUUGCUGAGGGAUGAACACCUGAUUUGCCCAGGAACUCUGCCAUUUAACUCCACACCAUCAAAAAGGACAUCAACAUUCCUGUCACGUGGAGUCGUGUCCACAGCAGCACCAACCUUGCUGUCAUUGGCAUCCCUUCCCAUCAGGACACUGCCAACCACUCCUUCACCUGUGAUCACCUCUGCUGUGUUGCCAACCAUGCCAGUGGAGGCUGCCUUCACCACCCUGUCACCAACCAAGCCAUCUAAAGACUUUGUCACCAUCCCACCCCCAGCUGUGCUGCAGAAGGCCUUCAGUGUCAGCCCAUCAACAGCCAAUAGGCCCAAGACCUCCAUCACCACACUGUCAACAAGCACUGUGCCCAGGUCCUUCAUCACCACACCAUCAACAACCACUGUGCCCAGGUCCUUCAUCACUACACCAUCAACAACCACUGUGCCCAGGUCCUUCAUCACUACACCAUCACCAACUGUGCUGCCAAAAGCCUUCAUCAGCACCUCAUCACCAGCUGUGCUGUCAGAGACCUCCAUUACCACCUCAUCACCAACUGUGCUGCCAAAGGCCUCCCCUGCCACACCACCAUCAUCAGCUGAGAUGCCCAAGGCUUCCAUCACCACCCCAUCAUCAGCUGUUUCAACUUCAGCCAUAGUAAGGCUAAAAUCUCCUGGGGCCACCCACCCAGAACGUGUGCCACCCACUCUAGCUUCUGCCACCACGCUGGUGCCAACAAGGCCAGUGGCAGCCACCAGCAGGCAAGAGACUCCUGCCCUCUCAGUGCCCAGGGAGAGGCCAGCCACCACCCCCCAGGGGACAGCCACAGCCCCUGCUGUCUCUGCUCCCUCCGUGGCUCUGCAGCCAUUCCCCAGCGCUGCUGCUCUGGGCACAGCCCCGCUGGCCUCGCGUUCACCAUCGCACCACGCUCCUGCACCCGGCAGGGAAUGGGGCUUGUCCCCAGCUGGUGCCCAGCCCACCCCCACCGCCCCCCAGCACGCUGCUGCCCCGGCAGGCACCGUCCCGCUCCCAGCACCUCCCAUCCCCGCCCCAUCAGCCAGCCCGAGCCCCUGGCCAGCCGCCCCCGCUCAUCGUGCCUGGGGCUCGUCCCUGCGGACCAGCCCGUGGCAGUGCCAGCUGUCCCUGGCCCUGGGGCUGGCCGUGCUGGCACUGCAGGCAGUCUGCACACUGCUGGGAGGGGUGGUGGCUCUCCUCCUUCACCAGGACACCCGCCACCACCCCGGGCCACCCGUGAGGCUGCUGAGCCUUCAGACCCUGGCUGCUCCGGUCACCCUUGAGCCAGCCGUGGCACCACCUUGAGCUUGGCUGCCCUUGUCCGAUCUCCUUUGGGAUCUGCAGCCGCGCUGGCCCUGGGAUGGGGGUCCCGGCACGCAGGCGGAUCCAGGGAAGGGGUCCCAGCAGCCAGGCUGUUUUGGGAUGGCUCCCGGCGAUGCUGGGAGCCUGCCAGCCCACGCGCCCUGACGGCCCUUCUGCCGAGGGACACUAGAUGGCAUCCCGACACAGGCAGUGUCACCUGCCGCCGACACGCCGCAGCCCCGCAGCCGCCGGCCGGGACCCGCCGCGCCCGGGACACGGCCGCUCUUCGCUCGCAGGGUCGGGAGCCCCUGCCCGAAUCUCCUCCCAUCACUGGAAGGUGCUUGCAGUCCUUGAGGAAAGAUAAUCACAAGGCUUCCUGCCCUGCGCCCUGUCUUCCCUGUGCCACGUUACAGGAUGUGUCGGUGCCUGCACCACCAUCGUACACAGACCUCCUCCACUGUCCCUCUCCCUCUUCUCCUCCCUGACAUUAAAGGCUCCCCUGCAGGUGUGAUGGGCUGGUGAGAAGACUGUUUUCAUGCUGGGGGUUUUCUUGGCA